AUGGCGACACUUCUCCCUCGGGAGACACUACCUCCCGGUUGGAACUUAGGCGUCACACAGGAUGGGAGGAUAUUUUUUAUCAAUGACACAGAACGGACGACAUCAUGGCUGCAUCCAGCUACUGGACAACCUGUGAUGACGGGUCUACAGUAUAGUCCAGAUUUGCCACCAGGCUGGGAGCAGGACGUUACCAACGAGGGCCAGGUCUUCUUUGUAGAUCACAACAGACGACGGACAACCUUUGACCAUCCACAUCAACAGGGACCAUCACAACCAGCAGCCAGCAGUGGCCCUGUGCUACAGGUCUCCAGUAGAACACAGGAUAAAGAGAACUUUAGGAGAGGUGAUGUUAAGCAAAGAAGUGUGAAAGCUCCCACAGCUAAACGCAAUCCCAACUCAGAAGUUGUCAGGAGAGGUUGGCUCCAUCGGCUGGAAACAAGUGGAAUUAGCAAGACGUGGAAGAGAAGAUGGUGUGUUCUUGCUGACUUUGCUCUCUUUGUCUACAAGAGUGAUGAUGAAGCAGUGACACUAGCCUCCAUCUUGUUGCCUAGCUACAGAAUCAACCCCUGUACUGAGGCAGACAACAUAAAACGGCCCUUUGUCUUUAAGGUUGAACAUGAAAAUACAAAAACAUUGUACUUUGCUGUUGAUGAACAACCUGAUUUUCUCGGCUGGGUAUCAUAUCUGAGACAAGCAGCCAUGAUGAAUGGGAACUCUGGCUUCCAGAGAGAACCAAAUAAUAACAUUCGGCAGUUUCCUAUGGGCAAGUUCCCACAAGAGUCAUCCCAAGGUAGGCCACAGUAUACUGGACCUGAGGACCCCAACCGACAUUCCGGAAACCAACCCUAUCAGACAGGAAGAGCACCUGAUAGUGGCUCUAACAUGAUCCCUGGCUCUAGUUACCAAGGCUAUGGAGAUCCAGCCAGCCCUAUGUAUCCACCAGCUGAUCAGAAAUACUCCACGGGUUAUGGAAACCCCAUUUACAGUAGUCAGACAGCCGUACAGCAGCUCAGACAAGUCUUUCCUGGUGAAAAUAACAACAGUUCACCGAAUAAUUCUUUGAACAGGGGCUCCCAGCUGUACCCGUCAGACAGCAGGGACCAUUCAUUCAACCCAAACCAGUCUCACAGUUCUGCAAGCUUUGCAGAAAAGCCUGGCAGUUUCAGGACAGACCCCACGUUACAGCAGUCUAAUACUGGACAUCAGCAACAACAGCAGCAGCAGCAGCAGCCUCUGAGGAAUGGAUUUGCUUCUGAUUCUGCAAGAAACAGCUUGGCUCAGUCAGACUCCAUUCGCUCAGGGCAGGGAUACAACUCAGUUCAAAGAGAACAGCAACAUCCGGGGAAGCCUCUAGCUGGCUCUGCUGCUGUGGAACAGCGAAGGGAUGACAGUUACCGAGAUUCCAUCUCAGACACUGAGAACAGGGUCAAACAUCUGAACAGAUGGGAUCAGAACUUCCCUUCCUUGGAUGAGGAACAUAUACACAGCUCUGUUGAUGACCUUUUGGAUGGGAUGAAAGGAAAGCUUGCUGAUAAAAGCAACACAUUCAAUGCUCGGAGUAAAUCUCAUGAGAACUUUUCUCAGUUUCCCAGCUCACAACAGCCCCAGAACCAGAUUCAGAAGCGACCAGUAAGUCAGUAUCUUGAACAACACCCACCCACCCAUCUACCCAGAAAUACCCAGUACCAGGCCCAUAAUGAUGCUGCACAAGGUUUGAAUAAUAGGCCGAUUCCUGCACCUCGAAGUGAUCACAGCUACCAAAGACCUCAGAUGGAUGGCACCUUGAGAUCUUCUGGCAGCUCCCAGGGGUCAUCACUUCAGCAUAGUCCACCUUAUCAACCACAGAGGGAGUUCCAGCGCACACUACAGCAGCCUCCUCCACCUCCAGCAAGGGAUCCCAGAACUUCUAUCAGAGACAACAGAGAUCUUGCACAACCACAAGUUUACCCACAGCAAGCUUCUCAAGCCAUGGAUUCAUCACGGGGAAGCAUAAGAGGUCCAGGCUCUCAGAGCUUCAUAUCAAAUCAACACAUACCACCACUGCAGCAGCAACAACCGCAGCCUCGAAUUCCCCGCCAGCAUCAUCCCCAAGGUCCGCAGCCCAGAUCUCAUCAAGCUCCACCCCCCGAGAGACGGGAUCUACAGUUGAGCGUAAACAGCGCAGCACAAAAUUCUCGCAGUUACCAAAAUAGCCCACACAUCUAUAUGAACUUACCAAACAGAAACAUGCAAGCCGAGGAUUCGUACACUAAUUCUGAUACAUCCACCAGUACUCCUCUACCUGCCCGACCACCGUACCCUUCGUCUGUGCGACAGCAGAUGGUGGAGGACAUGGCCCGGGUGCAAACCCCCACCACCCAGAGUGACCUGCUGACUUCUAACCAGCUGAACUCCCAGCGAAUGCAGCAGCCUGCAUAUUUCCAGUACCCUUCACCACGGGACCAACAACACAAACAGAACUCUCUGGAGCGAAACAACCCAACUCUCCAGAAACAGAUGUUGCCAAGCUCACAGAACCAGCCCAAAUCUCGUCUCUCUGGAGCUAGUCACACCAGCCAAUCAUCUCGCGGCGACAGACAGGAUGGACCUCAGUCACCGCAGGAUUCAUUUUCCCGGACAAAUAUGAUGGACCCUGAAGCACAGAAACUGCGCUUUGCCUACGAACGUGUCCAUAGUUUGAGGAUGGCUCCAGAUAAAGCUCCUCCAAGGAGACAGCCAGCCCAGAUCCAGACUGUGAAAGAAGAUCCCAACAUGUCUGACAGAGAUAUCUUGGAGACCAACCUUGACAAGAUAGCCAAGAAAAACCCAUUGAGUGGCCCACGUUUGAGGAUGAGUAUCUCAGCCGGCGAUCUCAUUGGCAAGACGCAUGAUGAGCUAGUGCUGCUGCUGAUACAGCUGCGGAGGAACCAGGCAGGGUUAGAAAAGGCUAGAGAUGUUCACCGCUCACAAGUGGAGCAGAGGAGACCAGCUGAGCUGGAUUACCGCAGACAAAUGCAGCAGUACGGCCAAGUCCUGGACAAGCAGUUACUGGAUCAGCAUGAGAUGUACAAGGAAGCUAAAAGUCACAUCGAGGACAUUGAAAAUAAACUGGAAGUUUACAAGCCGAUCAUUAACCUGCUGGACAACAUGGUCACCAUGGGCAGUCUUUAUGGGGGGGACAACCUCAUGUUGGCAACUCAGUACAGAAAGCAUCUGCUACGCCCAGACCAGUAUCAGCCACCAAAGAAGAUGCUAGAAUUUUCCAGAAAACAUCAGGAAGAGAAGCUGAUUCAACAGACGGAGGAAGAGAUUAAGCUGUUGUCAUCUGAGGAAGUGGAUCUGGAGGAAAAGAUUGACCGCCUCAAUGAACUGGACAGACGGCUGCAAGAGCAGAGUGUUCGAGUCUCAAGUUUCAGGGAGGAUAAGGAGCUGAUGGAGAGAGCCUUGAAUGGUGUGCUGAAGCAGCAAGAUGUCAGCAGACGUGACCCCCGAGAGAUGGCUCGUCUGACUCAGCAGCAGAGGAUGUUGGAGAAGGAGAUCUCCAGAGUCACCCAGCAGUUGGCCGAAGCUUCCAAGGAGUUAGAGGAGACUGCGGCAGAGAAUAGCAAGUUGGAAUAUGAAGUUGCUCUGUUGCGUACAAAAGUCCAUGGAGAGUUAACGCGCAGUCGCAGUGUGCCAUCAUUGGCAUCUGAGACUGUCAGAACUAAGAUGAAGAUGGAGAAAGAACUGGCCAAAGUGGAAGGGAUCAUGCAAGGGUUGAAUAAAGAAGGUGCCAGGUUGUCUGAAGCAAUGAGCACUUUGAGAAGAUCUUCAUCAAAUUCCCAGCUGGCAAAUGCCCUAGAUCAAGAAGAUGGCAAGAAGAAACGGGGUACAUACCUUCAGACAGAUGUAGACUCUGGGGAGCAGAUUGAUCUGGCCAACGUCAGGGAGAGAGCACCACCUGCUGGAUAUCUCUCUCAUCCCCAACACCAGAGACAGAAUACAAACACCUCCGAUGACUGGGAUGUGGAGAAUGCUGACGAGAAUACAAAGCGUUAUUUUGGUUUACUCCCGAAGGAGAAGCCAAAGGGUUUGACGGUCAGGGACGUGAAGAGGCAGGCGGAGCAGAGGAGAGAGAGAGACAAGAUUCUCAGAGAUGAUGAAGACUAUAAUCAUGGAGAAG